UACCGUACCGAUAUGUCUGUGGUAUAGGUUAAGGCGCCUUGGUUCUCCUUUGCACGCAAAUGCUAUGGCGGUGGUGUUUCCGCGUCCAUAUUAAUACAUUGUAGUAUAAUGUAUUCUGCAAGCACGUAAUCGCCAGCUUAUGGUUCCAUAGAGAACCGUAUGUAGUUGUAAUUGUGAGCCUUGUGACCUAAAUAUCUUGUCUCAUCUUCUGCUGUGUGAAUGUGGCGUUAUUUCACUCUAUACGGAAACGACAACUCUUCGAUCGGCUGACCGUACUACCAAUGGAACCUAACGAUUCGGCGGCGGCUGCCCCGGCUGGACCUGAGGAGCAAACCGGUACCAUCACCACAACAACGAAUAAACCCCCUGCGGUACUAGCCCGUUCUAUCUCUCACUCCGUGACGGAUGCCGUUCAUGUGAAGAAUCCGAAUGCUCGGCAGACAUGGGGGAGGGAGUUGGAUUACGUUCUUUCCAGUAUGGGAUGGGCCAUUGGCCUUGGCAACGUCUGGCGGUUCCCGUACCUGUGUUAUCAGAAUGGUGGAGGUGCGUUUCUAUUACCCUACGUCAUAAUGCUCUUCUUUGCUGGGUUACCGUUGUAUUUCAUGGAAGUGGCUCUCGGCCAAUACAGCAGUAGUGGUUUGAUCAAAGUUUGGAAAGCUGUACCGCCAAUGAGAGGUUUAGGAUACGGUCAGCUCUUCAUGUCUAUCUAUGUCUCCAUUUUCUACAACGUCGUUCUUGCCUACUGCCUCUACUACUUCUUCGCCUCUUUCACCAGUCGUUUGCCUUGGAUUGGUUGUUCCAACGACUGGAACACGCGUCUGUGCAGUGAGAUAUACGACGAAUGUUUAGCGGGCGGUGGAAUCGUGACCGAAGACAGGAAUUGUACAAAUCUGGAGGACCUGUCGCAAGAUGAACUGACGCAUUAUAACAUUACGAGAAUACCGAGGACUGAUAGGUUCAAUACUAGUCUUUAUCAAGAUCCUUUUAUUCAUUUGAGAGCUCUGCCAAGUCAAGAAUACUGGAAGAAUGAAGUCUUGCAAGAAUCUUCGAGUAUGAACGAGACUGGGACAUUGGUAUGGAAGCUCACUCUAUGCCUUCUACUUGCCUGGGUGAUUGUUUUCCUGUGCCUCAUCAAAGGUGUGAAGUCCGCUGGCAAGGUGGUAUACUUCACUGCGACGUUUCCAUUCGUAGUAAUAUUCAUCCUUCUCAUCAGGGCGGCAACAUUAGAGGGGCAUCUGGAAGGUGUAAGGUACUAUAUAUACCCCGAGUGGGAACGGCUAAAACAUGCUGUGAUAUGGCGAGAUGCCGCAGUGCAGAUCUUUUUCUCCCUUGGUGCCGGAGGGGGCGGGCUUCUUACUUUGGCAUCAUAUAACAAAUUUCACAGUCAUUGUUACAGGAACUCGGUCUUUGUGGCAAUUGUCAACUGUUUGACGAGCUUUGUCUCAGGAUUCAUGAUAUUUUCAAUAGUAGGCUACAUGGCUCAUAAACUCAACAAGUCCGUCAAAGAUUUUGCUCACGAUGAUCUUUCAGGUUUUGGGUUAGUGUUCGUAGCAUGUCCAGAGGCCCUGGCGAAGUUUCCCGGUGCUCCUUUCUGGUCGAUAAUGUUCUUCUUUAUGCUCAUUCUAUUAGCAGUUGACAGUCAGUUUGUUAGUGUGGAGGUAAUCGUCACCGUAUUCAUUGACCAGUUUCCCGAUCUUCUGCGACCUCGGAGAUCUUUGGUCACAGGAAUUACAUGUUUUCUCAUGUUUUUACUCGGCCUGCCUAUAGUCACCAAUGCGGGUGGUUACUGGAUGGCGCUUUACAACAACUACGCUGUUAGCUUCGUGCCCCUUGUUGCUGGGAUCCUUCUUACGUGCAAUAUUAGUUAUAUCUACGGCUAUCGGCGGUUUCUAGACGACAUCCGGGUCAUGAUUGGUACGCACAUCGUUGAUCAUUGGCAUUUCUGGUUUUGGCCGUUCAACUGGCUGAUUGCCACCCCAAUCCUCUUAGCGGUCGUUCUUAUAUGCCACUGGGCUUUCGACGAAGCACCGACCUACAACGGAAUGGAAUUUCCCGGAUGGGCAACCGCUAUUGGUUACCUAAUGAUGAUGACGGCACUGCUCUGUUUUCCCGCCUUUUGGGUCUAUGACUUUGUGCGCAAGCCCAGUCUUAUCACAUGGGAGGACAUCAGACUUUCGUCCAUAAUACAGCGAUUGAUACUGAUUACAAGAACAGAUCGAUCUUGGGGUCCCCUCCUCGCCGAAGACCGUCUCGAGUCAUGGAACCUUCAUGAAAAGCGUGGCACGACGAUGGGCGGAAAGCUCGAUCCCAACGCGUGUCCGCACGAGCCCGUCAUCAUGAGCAAGAUCGAAGACCAACCCGACAAUGGCGCUCCAAGAACAUUUCACUAUGCCGUCUUCGAGAACGAAUCCGUGACCGAUGUCCUACCAUGAUGGUGGUCGAAGAGGAACACUCCAACCUUUCAAAUGUUAAGUUAACAUUUCUUGUUUUUAGAGUGAAGCGGUGUGUUUGUCAGUACUAAUGUCACUAACACAAGAGGGCGCAUUAUCAGCGAUUGCUACUAGUAGUCCGACAUGUUCAAUAAACUCCAGUGAUAAUAUCCUCACUGAAGAAUCAAACGCCAAAGUCACCAACUAAUAUCAAUUUAUAUCUUUUUAUAUGAUGAAAUUCAGAUCGAGAGUUUUGAACAAUACAACUUCCUGGAAGCCAAGAAGACUAAAACAUAAACUGUUUUAAGUGGUGUAAAAUCCCACUCCCUAGGAAUUUCCAGUCAUUCCCCCAUAUUAAUGCGACCUCUUGUUUCUGAUGGCGCAAGUACUGACUAACAUCCAGGAGAGGGUGCGCUCUUAAUACAGAUAUGAAUUACUAAAUUUCGAUCGUAUUUUCACUAUCUCUAUAGACGUGGAAUUCGCGACAUCCCAAGAUUAGUACCAUAUUAUGUGACCCAACAAUUUUCUGCACUGAUUACGAAUUCGUGUUUUGGGGUAAUAAUGAUCAGAGCAGUGCCUUGAUCAGCCAACGAUUUGUGAUAUCGUGUGACUUUCUGACUCGGGGAUAUGUAAUGAAAGAAAUCGAAAUAUUAUUUACAUAAUUUGAAACACCCGCUACUAAUAUUUAGCUUUCUCCUUUCUUGUCCAUUGUCUUUCGGAUUGUCAUUUUUCUUCUAUAAUAUGUUGUGUGUCUCGUGAGAAUAUUCAGCCUUUUUUCCUUCAAAAUUGCUACUGAUGGGUGCACCAAGAUGCGAGUCUCCAAUUUGUGAAGCCUAUUCUUCAAAUUGCUUCUCGGGGACUGCUCAGACACUAACCUUCGUUUGAAAUUAGAAAUGAUCUCCACUACCCACCUUAAAUAUUUAUUAAGUUAAAAUGAUUUAAAUAUAGAAAA